UAACCAUUAGCCAACAAUUUCUCAUGAAACAUUUUAUUGCAUUAAAUUUCUCAUUUAAUGCCUUCACCAAUAUUUUUUCCAUAAUAGUUACAAAGAAGAAACAGUUUCUGUGUCAUUUUAAUUUAAUGCCACCGUCUAUCUUUGAUUCUCAUGUUCUUGUCUGCAUUGCAACCACCUUUCAACACUCUCCUUUCAUCUAUCUUUUUCAGUUUUAGAUUUCCUCCACCAACAUGUAGCAAAGUGCAUUGCAAUUUGCAACAAACCUCACAUGAUUUUAUCACCUUUUACUCACCAAUUCAACAAGACAUUGAUUCACAGAAUGAAGAUUCUGACUCUUCCUGCAUUCCUUCCCUGGAUUUAAUGGCAAAUGUUAGCGAGUUAUGUCAGUACUCCUUUGUUGCCCCUCAACUCACUAGCUGGUUUUCUUAUUAUUGGUGAAUAUUCUAUUGUUUUAUCCAUAUGCUCGUUUGGUUGCUAUGUAUCGCGACUGAGGUCUAGCGCAAGUGGUUGGUGCGUAGUGUAGGAGACUGUUGUAGAUCCUGAUGUACCAAGUUUGAUUUUUAAUUGUAAAAAAAUGGGGUUCACAGAAAGACAUUUUUUAAUCUAUGGUUUGAAUAUUCUAUUUGAGCUUGUGGUUUUAAUAUCAAAUUUGUGGUGUCAAGUUUAUAGUCUUGGUUCCAUGUCAUCCAUUGCAAUCUCAUAUGGUGAAAAAGGCUCAGUUUUUUGUGGUUUGAAAUCAGAUGGAUCUCAUACUGUGACAUGUUAUGGAUCCAACUCAGCUAUAAUCUAUGAAACACCAACCCAUUUCUCAUUUCAUGGCCUAACCGCUGGUGAUGGAUUUGUUUGUGGUCUUCUAAUGGAUUCAAAUCAACCUUAUUGUUGGGGUAAUAGUAAUUACAUUGAAAUGGGUGUGCCUCAACCUAUGAUUAAAGAAGCUCGGUACCUAGAAAUUAGUGCCGGGGAUUACCAUGUAUGUGGAGUGAGAAAACCUUGGAGUGAAAAUGUUUCUUUAGUUGAUUGUUGGGGCUAUAACAUGACCAAAAGUUACGUGUUUGAUGGAAUGGUUCAUUCGAUUUCAGCCGGUUCUGAAUUUAACUGUGGAUUGUUUUCUAACAAUAGGAGUGUUUUCUGUUGGGGUGAUGAGACUAAUAGCAAAGUUAUCAGUUUCAUUCCAUCAAAAUUGAAGUUCAAAAAGAUUUCUGCUGGUGGUUAUCAUGUGUGUGGAAUCUUAGAAGGGGUAAAUUCUAGAACUUUUUGCUGGGGGAGAAGUUUGAACAUGGAAGAACAAAUUUCAGUAAGACAUGUAGGUGGUGAAGGAAAUGUUGAUUUGCCUCCAAAUGAUACAAUGAUAUCUGUAGUAGGAGGAAGGUUUCAUGCUUGUGGCAUAAAAAGCUAUGAUCAUGGAGUUAUUUGUUGGGGAUUUAUGAUCAAACCAAGCACUUCAGUUCCUAGUGAGAUUAAGGUUUAUGAGAUUGCAGCUGGUGAUUAUUUUACUUGUGGAGUAGUUGAUGAGAAAAAAUCUCUUAUGCCUGUUUGUUGGGGUGUCGGGUUUCCUACUUCUCUUCCUUUAGCGGUCUCCCCGGGAAUAUGCAAGCCUUUUCCAUGUCCUUCUGGUUUCUAUGAAUUUGAACAAAAGGGUCUUUGCAAGUUUCCGAAUUCUGGUGUUUGCAUGCCGUGCAGUGGUGAUUGUCCUGUUGAAAUGUAUCAGAAAAGUGGAUGCAAUUUGGCUUCUGAUAGAGUGUGUGAAUAUGACUGUUCAUCUUGUUCUUCGCCUGAAUGUUUCUUACACUGCUCCUCUUCAUAUUCCAAUGUUGGCAAUAAGAAGAAAAAUGAGAAAAUUUGGGCUUUGCAGUUACCAGUGAUUAUUGCAGAGAUUGGUUUUGUUGUUUUCAUUGUUAGUAUUGCAUCAUUAACAUCAAUUUUAUACGUUCGCCGCAGGCUAAGAGAUUGUGAGUGUCCUGCAAGAUUAGAAAAGGCGAAGAAACUCAGCAGAAGUUCUUCCCUCCAAAAUGAGAACAGAAACAACAGGAUCCGUCCAGAAAUGGAGGAGUUCAAGCUUAGGAAGGCUCAAAGGUUCACCUACGAGGAGCUUCAAACUGCAACAUGUGGAUUCAAAGAAGAAUCCAUAGUAGGGAAAGGAAGUUUUUCUUGUGUAUUCAAAGGAGUUCUGAAAGAUGGAACAGUUGUAGCUGUUAAAAGGGCUAUAGUAUCUCUAUCUUCUUCAAACAACAUCCACAAGAAUUCCAAUGAGUUUCACACUGAACUUGAUUUACUCUCAAGAUUGAACCAUGCUCAUUUGCUCAACCUUCUUGGCUACUGCGAAGAAGAUGGAGAAAGACUUCUUGUCUAUGAGUUCAUGGCUAAUGGAUCUUUGUAUGAACACCUACAUGGCACAAACCAAGUGUUGAAACAGCAUUUAAACUGGAUAAGAAGGGUAACAAUAGCAGUUCAAGCGGCUCGUGGAAUCGAAUAUUUACACGGCUACGCUUGUCCACCGGUGAUUCAUAGAGAUAUUAAAUCCUCAAACAUACUCAUUGAUGAAGAACACAAUGCAAGAGUAGCUGAUUUUGGUUUAUCAUUGUUAGGUCCUGUUGAUAGUAGUUCUCCGCUCGCCGAGCUACCAGCCGGAACUCUCGGUUACCUUGAUCCUGAAUACUAUAGACUUCAUUACCUCACAACAAAAUCCGAUGUCUAUAGUUUUGGUGUUCUUCUCUUGGAAAUUCUAAGUGGUAGAAAAGCUAUCGACAUGAUGCAAUAUGAAGAAGGGAAUAACAUAGUUGAAUGGGCAGUGCCUUUGAUCAAAUCAGGAGAUAUAUCUGCAAUUUUGGAUCCAAUUCUUAAACCACCUCAUGAUCUUGAAGCAUUGAAAAAGAUAGCUAAUGUAGCUUGUAAAUGUGUGAGAAUGAGAGGAAAAGAUAGACCUUCAAUGGACAAAGUAACAACAGCUUUGGAAAGAGGUCUUGCUGUGUUAAUGGGCAGUCCAUGCAUUGAUCAACCAAUUUUACCUUCUGAGGUUGUUUUAGGAAGUAAUAGAUUGCACAAGAAACCAUCUCAAAGAUCUUCAAAUAUGUCAGUUUCUGAAAUUGAGGAUCCAAGGUUUGAGCUUAGAGCACCUUCAUGGAUAACAUUCCCUAGUGUCACAUCUUCUCAAAGAAGAAAGUCAUCAUCAAUGUCAGAGGCAGAUGUUGAUGGAAAAGUUGUCGAAGUAAAGAAUAUGUGCAAUGUUGGUGGAGGGAGUAGUGAUGUGUUGAGAAGUCUUGAGGAAGAGAUUGUACCACCUUCUCCACAAAAGAGGAUGUUCUUGGAACAUAACUUCUAGUUUUAACCAUGUGUAGCUUGAUGCAAACUCAGGUUUUAACCUGUGGCGUUUGAGAUGAUUUUCCUUGUAAUUGCUGCUACAUGUAAUUUAUUUUACUUUCAAUCUUCCAAGGUUAAUCUAGACUCUAAGUUGAGUGGCUCAUUUGAGAUCAUCCAAUCAAUGACAAAUUACUGAA